AUGGACCUCAUGAUUCCCCUGAGGAACAUGGGUGUCGACAGCAACCUCCUGGAUGCCCUCCACGACCUUUUGGACUUCUCUGACGAGCAAAACCAGGCGAGCCACCAUGCGCCUUCGCGCCAAUACGUCCGGGAAGCCAAGGCCAUGUCGGCUACUCCAGCUGACGUGAAGGAGACUCAGAAUGCCUACAUCUUUGUGAUAGAUGUGCCCGGGCUGAAGUCGGACCAGAUCAAAGUCCAUCUGGAAGACGACAACGUUUUGGUGGUGUGCGGCGAGAGGAAGAGGGAGAAGGAGAGAGACAAGGGAGUGAGGUACCUGAGGAUGGAGAGGAGGCUCGGCAAGUAUCUCAAGAAGUUUGUGCUGCCGGAGAAUGCUGAUGUAGAGAAGAUCAGUGCCGAGUGUCAGGAUGGGGUAUUGACUAUUGUGGUGGAGAAGAAGCCGCCGCCGGAGCUGAAGAAGCCCAAGAUUGUUCAGGUGAGGAUUGGCGACAGCCAAGAAGGCCAACAGGGUCAAGGUGGCCAGUGGGGCCAAGAGGGUCAAAGUGGAGGUCAAGGAGACCAGUGGGGUCAAAAGGGCCAAGGAGGUCAAGAGGGUCAGGGUGGCCAAGAUGGCAACAGCCGCUAGAGUUACAUAUGUAUGACAAGGUCUGCAAGGAAGGAUGUUCUACCCUUAUGCACUGUUUAUAAUAUCGUAUGCUUUUGUUGUAUCUCGGUCCUUCCUUUGUGUUUGUUUUUGAUUUUGAGUCCUUUCCUAUUUCCUAUCCAUGUAAGGAAUAAGAGAGAAAUAUGGAGAAGCUACUAUUCAUAUGAGGAAUAAGAGAGAAAUAUAUGGAGAAGCUAGUUCGGUCUGUAGUGUCUUUGGUACGUAAGUCUGUAAUCUUAUGGUCUACAAUUUGAAAUAAUAUAGCCUCAUAUAGUUUAUAUGUAAUUUGAGUGUGCAUAUACUUUAGUCUUUAUGUUACAUAAACUGAAUAGUCACCGGAAAAUGAUCCAGUAGUGUUCGCUCCAAUCCUAUCAAAUCUAAACCGGAAACAGCAACAUGUCGGCGGUGGUCAGUGGCUUUUGAGUUUCUGCUUCCACCGAUGCCGGUUUAGUGUUUCUCAGCCCAUAAUAAUGGAUUGGGCUAUUUUAUCUUGGACCCGAUCCAGAGUAGUGGUAGAACUUCACGGAGCUUCUCGACCGUUACAGAAGAUUAGGAAGACGAACAUGCUAGAA